AUGUCGCAGCGGGAGUUGCAGGAGAUACAAGAGUUGCGUCGGCGCCUGGAAGAGGAACAGCGACUACGAAAAGAGGAACAACGGCGGCGGGAAAAGGCAGAGGAAGAGUUCAGGCGUCAAACUCAAGAUACCACCCUCCCCGAAUUCCUUGAUGCUUGCCAUUUGCAUUCAUUCCUCGUUUUGAAAAUCCAACAAGACAAAAGCUCUACUACACAGGGCAACCCCGCGAACGCCGACCGCAAACUCCGCCCCGCUCGGAUUCGAGAGUGGAGCAACUUCCCAGAGGAACAGAUUCUGAUAUGGGACGAUCUAAUGAAUACCGAUUUUGUGACCGAACGCCAUUUCACCUCUCUAAUACUACUCAAGGGAUAUGGAGCUGAAAUCCGAGAGAGGAUGCUAGGCUCAGAGCUAGAUCUGAGUUACUUUGAACGACAGACUGUUGAGUCACGUGUUGCUUCGGUCAUCAAGCAGCUGUACGCUCUCUAA